AUGCUUACAUCACACAAAUUAAUUGGAAACUAUGAUAAAUAUUGCAUUGAUUCUGACGUGCCAAAAAAGGGAUUUAGUGUUAAAAUACUAAAUUUUCAAGAAAUGCCUUUUGGCUUGUCAAGAUCAUUAAGAAAUUAAAGCAACAGAUGAUGACUUUUUCUGAAGCUAAUAAUUUCAGUCAUAUUAAUUAAAUUCGUUUGCUGAAAGAGUUAGACAUCUUAUUCGGCUUUCUUCUACUUGUUUUCCCCAAAAGCCUGGAGAGUCCUCAGUUCGCAAGCUAGCAUUAAUUCCUGGAGAUGGAAUAGGCCCAGAAAUUUGCUCAGCAGCUACAGAAGUUUUAUCGGCAAUUCACGCUCCAAUAGAAUUUGAAACAUUCCCUAGCCUCAAUAUCAACGAUGACAACUCAAUUAAAAAAAUAAAGCAUAACAUUAAAUGGCGAUGACGAGCGACUCGUCCUUCACAUGGCAGGUGUCCUUAUGUAUAUCCAGAUGCGUUUUUUGGUGCAAAGUGCUACCCAAGGUUUGGGCUAACCUCGAAGCGAGAGGCGCAGCACUAUUUCUGCUGAUUAGUGCUUGGCCCGACCGACAGUUUUUCACAUAUUUUUUACCAGCAACAUCCAAACCCAGAAAGGGUGUACUAUAGAGGCAGACUUACCCUCUUAAGCUGCUUCAUGGCGUGUUCCGAAGAAUCGCAAACAUGUUGAGCUUUUCUUCCGGGGCUGAUUCGGGGGAAAAGGGGAAGGCAGGCUAUAUAAAAUUCUCAUGGGCUAGUCUCUCCCAUCUAAAAGAUCCCAAAAAGAGCUAACUAGGGUCGGAUAAUGGUGUCUUAGGAGUUUGAAAAGGUUGCGCCUAGAAAAAUUCAUAUAACCUGGAUCAAAAGUGCGCGCAAUACCAAGAAACCGGAGGUUUUAUCCCGGUAUUUUGGAGUCUUUUGACGGCUACACCACAGCGAUCGCUGUGAACGCAUGGCGCUGCUAGAAGUGGACUUAAAUAUUUUGCCUAAUCUAAUCUAAAAAAAUAAAAUCAUACCCAGCUGCACUAAAAGGGACAAUCAGUCACCAAGUAGGCGAAGGCGCAAGUAAUCCAAAUGUGCUUUUCAGGAAAAAAUUAGAAGUCUAUGCUAACGUCUGCCAUGCUUUUUCACUUCAAGGUAUCAAGACUAGGCACGAUAAUAUAAAUGUCAUAGUUAUCAGAGAAAACCUUGAAGGAGAAUACAGUGGGCUUGAACAUGAAGUUUAUCCUGGCGUUGUAGAGUCUAUUAAAGUUAUAACAUAUGAUGCCUCACUAAAAAUUGCGAAAUAUGCAUUUGAACUUGCAUACAUGAAUAAUCGCAAAAAAGUCACAGCAAUUCAUAAAGCGAAUAUUAUGAAAAAGGCUGAUGGAGAAUUUCUAAAAGCAGUGAGACAGGUCGCGAAGGAAUAUAGUCAGAGCACCUUUAUGGCUUGGGCUUCCCAAUUUUUCCCGCUGAUCGAAUCAACUAAUUUUGGUUUGACAACUCCCCAAAUGGCACAAACCCUGCAUCAUGUGAUUUUGUCACUUGGGGAGAUGGUCAAACCUGCAUUAUUGGCUCGAUCAACUCACUUCUUUCUCGUCGAAAAGAUCGGGAAACCCAAGCUAUAAAGAUGCUCGGACUAUAUCCGACUAUUCAAUACCAAGAGAUGAUUAUAGAUAAUGCUUCAAUGCAAAUGACUUCAAAUCCAUGGCAGUUUGACGUUGUGGUAUUGCCAAAUCUUUAUGGGUCAAUUAUUAGUAACAUUGUUUCUUUCCUGGUAGGAGGACCAGGGAUAACUCCAGGUGUAAAUAUUGCUAACGACUUCGCAUUAUUUGAGCCUGGGACCAGACAUUUGGCGAAAGAUAUUGCAGGUAAAGGGAUUGCUAACCCAACAGCAAUUUUAUUAUCAAGUGCUAUGAUGUUGAGACAUUUAAAUCUUCCUCAUUUUGCAGAAAGACUUCAAGAAGGACUUUUCAAAACAAUUCGCGAAGGAAAUGUACUUACUAAGGAUAUUGGUGGUGUUGCAACUACAUAUGAGUUCACCAAAGAAAUAAUUAAAAACAUCCAACAGUAA